GCCGUCAUCUCUCAUCUUCCCAUCCCCAACAACCAUGACCGAUCUUACAUAUUGCUACCUUCACAUGUCGCACUACGACCUCAUGGUCAUAGACACGUUGGAGACCACGGAGUAUCUCAGAGGAGACCCCAUUGUGGAUGGCAAGCCCACACAUCUGGACAUCCCAGUGCACAUGGUGCCUCCCGAUCCCGAGACCUCUGAAGUGCUCCCUUCGCAAGCCCACCCCUCGUACCCGUAUGGCGAUCCAACCGACCCGAAGCACCCUGCGUCGCGCCCCCGCCCGCCAUACGACCCCCAGUCCCGCGCGCUGUACGAGGACAUGGGGUACGCCGGGGGUGGCGUCAACGGCGCGUUCCGCUGGCGCGAUCUUGCCCUCUCCGAGCUGCUCCCCCUCGACCCCGCGAAAGAGGAAGCCGUGCGCGCGAUCGAGGCGCGCAAGAUGGCCAGCGGGGCCACCGCGACGGCGGGCGUCCCGCAGGCCGGCGGGGGGGCGCAGGAGCCGGCGCAGGAGCAGGAUCGAACGAUCGACGAGGAAGACGCGGAGGACGAUGAGGAUGAGAAUGCGGAGGAUGAGGAGGAGGAGGACGGGGAGGGUGAUGCGGAAGAGGAGGAUGAGGAAGAGCAAGGCUGAGCUCGAGCCCGAGCCACCCGUUACUCGAUCGCUGUGAGAUCUGGACGCAUCUCGUUUUGCGCUUGGCAUCCGCGUACCCUUCAUCGGGAUACAAACCACUACAUCUGGCGCCGCUGGAUAAUGUGUUCGCCCUUCCCUUCGUUGCACCGGUCACAGUGCUGCGAGCGCUGGGUCAUCUUCGGGCGCGACCUUCGCAUCACGGAGAAACGGAAUCUCAAAACCGCCCGAAACGAUCCCGUGUUUCGAGUCGUUUCGAUCGGCUCAGAGCGUAACGAGGCGGGAUGGAUGCAGUGAGCGCUGGUUGCUCUGACUUCAUUGCUUAUGUUUGAUCCGUGACAUGUAUGCUGCCGCGGAAUCUUUUGAGUUUGUGAAUCUUGUGGGAAGCAGGUGGC